GUGUGGCGUGUGCUUGUACCUGGAGUGAUAUCUGCAACUUGACAGAGAGAUAGGAGAUAGCAACACAGGGGUGUGGACUGGAGUUCAAUAUGGCCGCUAUCACUGGGUCAUCACAUCGACAUAGGAUGGAGCGAGUCUUCUUGUCCCUGUGGAUGGUGUUGUUUCUGACGCUGACGUCGUCCCUGACCCCGGACCCCAGCGUGUGCACUCCGUCUGACGGCAGCAACCCAGGGCCGACGCCAAAGUUGCCCGACCAGUUCAGUGCCCGGGUGGAGUGCAACAUCCUCAACAAAAACUCCACGACGGACGUGGAGGAAUGGUACGACCAGGUCGGCAACAGGGGGGCCGCCCAGCAGUAUCAGUUUGGCAUCAAGGCCGACGUCAUCUACGACUACACGACUCAAGAAUACAUCAUGGUGGUGGAGGCCAUCGAUGGCACGAUCGCAGGGUGUGUUGUCCAGCCUCUCUCACAGACCAGCAACGAGUACCUGUUCGGGGUGACGAAAAGUCCGAAUGGGUCUGAGAGCAUUUAUUCGGUUGGAGGGGCGAUGAGGUUCGGGAGGACUCUGAAAGAAACGUAUUUGGGUGCAGACUGGCUGAGAGCUAAGAACUCGUGGAACACGGCUAUAGCCGUGAACCAGGUACCCGUCCGCUGUGAGAUCCAGGGCAAGAAGACGGUGACCGGCUCGCACAGCUAUCUCUUCCACCACAUCUAUGAAUUCACAGACUUUCAGACCAGUGUCUCGGAUGACAAGUUCGAGAUCCCUAAAGGAGCAUACUGCCCAAACCGCAAGAAUACAAAACCGUUGCCUACUUUGAACGAUUUCUUCCACUAUUACUCCGAGAUAGUCAUCCCCGAGGAGAAGACAAUAGGCUUUAUCAAGGAGAGUUACGACUACACUAUCAACCUUGUGAGCUACCAGUACUAUCCCCCGGCCCACUCCCCAUACGGCACCGACGUCUUAGUAGAGGUGCACGACUACAACACAGGUGUAGCAUAUAUAUCAGAUCCUAUGUUGGGCAACUGUUCUGCGAGACCUAUAGAGGCUACGAGUUUGGACGCACGCGUCAUAAACGGCAACAACGUCCGCAUCAGAACAUCGCAGGAAUUCUUCAACUUCAACAAUGCAAGCUACCACUAUGUCGGAGAGCGGACAGUGCGGGACAUCAAGUGUGACGUGUGGACAGCCCUGCGACAUGACUGGCCGGCUGGGGUCACCGGGGUCAACUCCACGUUUGAGUGGUAUUUUGCAAAGCCCGAGGUGACGGAGGAGAUCGGCUACAGUAACGGGGAGUCCAGGGUGCCCGUCAUGCUGGAGGUGACCGUCACUAUGACUCAACAGAACGCCCACUUCGUGUACAACUUCUACGACUACGACGAAGACCAGCCAAUGAUUUGGAACUUCGACAUCAGCCCUUGCUUCAACUACCUCCACAGGAAGACCUUCAAGUUCGCUCUGCCAGGCAGCUUCCGUGAGGUCGUGAAAGUGGAUGAGGAUUUGUUCAAGUACUACCUUUUAAUGCAGGCACAGGCUGUUACAAACGUCACACCUCUUAGGAUCAAUAACAUCAAGAUUGACUACACUCAAGCCGACCUCAUCGUGUCCUUCACCUUGCUAGACGUACCCCCUGUUUCCGGUGACGUCACAAGCCAUGUCAUGGAAGUACCUCUUGCGACUGCAGUUUCAAAACUGACAACCGCCAUCAACCAGGGAAAAUUCACAAUUCGGAUUACUCUCCAAGUUUAAAUAAGCCGUCGGUGAUGACAGCCAAGGCCUACUCGUCUUCCAGCGGGGACGUGACCGUCAACGAGAACACAGCCACACCCGGCACGGGCUACAGUGCAGGGGUGAUGGGCGGCACGGCAGUCGGCCUCAUCCUGGUCUCCUUCAUCAUCGGGUUCGUCAUUCUCUACAUAGUUUACCGUGUGCGAGGGGAGCGUUCCAGCCCAAGAAAUUCGACGAUCAUUUACCGGUUAUUACAUAACUGAUUAAAAACACAGCCCAUCAAUGUUUGUUUUUUAUAUUUACACAUCAUACGGUCUUUCAGAAAUGGAAUGAUGUAUUACAAAACGAGUAUUACCACAACAGCCCUGAAAACCAUGUAUGUUGUAAAACGUAAUAUAAGGUAUCUGGCUAGCCAUUCUCGAAACGUUCGUAGCCCUACGAACUUCUAAAGCCCAUUCUUAACACAUUGGCUACGAUCAAAGUAAAGAAUUCGUAGGGCUCCGAACGUUUCGAGAAUAAGGACCCUGUUCUGUACAUACAUGUAUAUCCGACUCAAUCCGCGUUUGUUAAAUCCGCAGUAUCUGGGUGUACUAUAUAAUGAAAUUAGAAACUGCCAGGAUCACCCUUCAUGUAAAUUACCGCUCUUUAAGUAAUAUGGUGUUACCAAAGAACGACUUUUCUCUGAAUGUAUAUUGUUUCAACUGAUAUUAUUAUUUUAUAUAAAAAAAAUGGAUAAGUU